UGUGAAGUGUUCAGUGGAGUCUGGAGUGUACAUAAAAUCAUCAGUACAGCAAAAUGUUCUGGUGGUGUGUCUAUACGUCGAUGACAUGCUAGUAACUGGAAAUUCUAAAACAGGAAUUGAAGAAUUCAAGAUUAGGAUGAGGGCAGAAUACGAUAUGACUGAUCUUGGAAAACUUAACUACUUUCUUGGCCUGGAGUUUAUUAAAACAACAAGUGGAGUUUUCUUGCACCAGAAGAGGUUCAUCAGUGAAAUUCUGAAGCGUUUCAAUAUGACCGAGUGUAACAGCACAACUGUCCCAAUUACUACUAAUCUGAAGUUGACAAAUCAACUUGAUGAGAAAGGCGUGGAUGCUUCACUGUACAAACAGAUCGUUGGAUCUUUGAGAUAUAUCUGCAACAACAGACCGAAUAUAAACUAUGGGGUUGGAUUACUGAGCAGGUUCAUGAAUGAACCUAAACAAUCUCAUAUGUCAGUAGCGAAACAUGUUCUGAGGUACCUAAAAAGAACAAUUGACUAUGAUAUUCUAUUUCCAAAAGCAGUGAGCAACUUGGAGAGUACUCUAGAAGUCUGGAGUGAUUCUGACUAGAGCGGAGAUCAGGUUGAUAGAAGA